AUGAGUCUAGCACUUAAUGAUCUGCUUAUUUGCUGCCGUCAACUAGAACAUGAUAAAGCUACAGAACGAAGGAAAGAAGUUGAGAAAUUUAAGCGUCUGAUUCGGGAUCCUGAAACAGUUCAACAUUUAGAUCGACAUUCAGAUGCCAAGCAAGGAAAAUAUUUGAACUGGGAUGCUGUUUUCAGAUUUCUCCAGAAAUAUAUUCAGAAAGAAACAGAAUGUCUGAAAGCAGCAAAACCAAAUGUGUCGGCUUCAACACAAUACUCCAGGCAGAAAAAGAUGCAAGAAAUCAGUAGCUUGGUGAAAUACUUUAUCAAAUGUGCAAAUAAAAGAGCACCCAGGCUAAAAUGUCAAGAACUCUUGAAUUAUGUCAUGGAUACAGUGAAAGAUUCAUCUAAUGGUGCCAUUUAUGGAGCUGAUUGUAGCAACAUACUGCUCAAAGACAUUCUGUCAGUGAGAGUCCUUCUGGCCCAUGCCCACCAUCACGCCCUGGUGCCGAGGGCGCCCCACGAUGGAGCGGAAGACAGCCCAGGGGCGUCGUCGUCCGGGAAGCCGGCCUUGCACAUGCCGGAGCCAUUGUCGACCACCAGCGCAGCGAUGUCAUCAUCCAUGGUGAGCUGGGAGUGGUGGGUGUGA